CAUCAACAACAACCUUUCACUUUUGAAUUAAAACCUACAAAACCCAAAUCCUACAUCAAUCCUCAAAUUGAAAGCGACUCCAAACACUUUUGGCAUAUAUAUACAUAUACAUAUUUGCAAAAAUGUUUAGCUUUUCAGAGCAAAAUAACUUAUUUGGCCGUCGAUGUGUGUGGGUCAACGGGCCAGUUAUAGUAGGGGCAGGUCCUUCGGGGCCUUGCGAUUUCAGCCUGUCUUCGGGACCAAGGGAUUCCGUUUGUAGUGAUUGAAAGAUCCGACUGUAUCGCAUCCCUUUGGCAAAAACGAACCUACGAUCGCCUCAAACUCCACCUUCCUAAAAAAUUCUGUCAACUUCCUAAAAUACCUUUCCCCGAAGAAUACCCUGAGUACCCAACAAAGAAACAGUUCAUCACUUACCUUGAGAAUUAUGCCAAAAAAAUUCGACAUCAGGCCACAAUUCAACGAGUGUGUUCAGUCAGCUAAGUAUGACGAGGCCUGCAAGCUCUGGCGGGUCAAAACCGUCUCGACAGCUGGAUCAGUCCGGUCCGAGACUGAGUAUAUCUGCCAGAUGCUUGUUGUGGCAACCGGAGAAAACGCAGAAGGCGUAGUUCCGGAAAUCGAAGGUCUACAAGAGUUCUCCGGUGAAGUCAUCCAUGCAAAAGACUACAAGUCCGGCGAAAAAUUCCAAGGAAAAAAAGUUUUGGUCGUGGGGUGUGGGAAUUCUGGCAUGGAAGUCUCUCUUGAUCUAUCCAAUCACAAUGCGAAGCCAUCAAUGGUGAUUCGGAACUCGGUUCAUGUUCUACCAAGAGAGAUGUUCGGAAAAUCCACAUUUGAUUUAGCCAUGAUGCUGAUGAAAUGGUUACCUCUAUGGAUAGUUGACAAGCUUUUAUUGCUCUUCGCAUGGUUCAUAAUUGGAAACAUUCAAAGUUAUGGCAUAAAGCGACCAUCUUUAGGCCCACUAACACUCAAAAACCACCAUGGAAAGACACCAGUUCUUGACAUAGGAGCACUGGAGAAAAUCCGUUCAGGCGACAUCACCGUCGUGCCGGGAAUCAAAAAGUUCACCGGAAAGACAGUCGAGUUAGUCAACGGCGACAUCCUCAAUAUCGAUUCUGUCGUUUUAGCAACUGGUUAUUUCAGCAACGUCCCAUUUUGGCUUCAUGAAUCUGAAUUCUUUGCGGAAAAUGGAUUCCCAAAAACCCCAUUUCCAAAUGGUUGGAAGGGAAAGGGAGGGUUGUACGCUGCAGGGUUUACAAGGAGAGGGCUGGCUGGUGCUUCUGCUGAUGCAAUGAAAAUAUCAAAAGAUAUUGGAAAAGAAUGGAAAGCGGAAUUAAAGCAGAAAAAACAGAAGGUUCCUACACAUAGAAGAUGCAUCUCAACUUUCUAA